CUGCCGAGGUGUGGGGAAGAAAAUGUACAAAAACGGCGUUGCCUCCGGUGGCCCUUGGUGGAAUUUGAGUCUACAGCAGUAUCAGCCAUUGUGGGUUAGUCCGGAGUCCGCGAAGAUUGCUGACGAAACGAUGAUGCAAAUCGUUCCCUAUGCCCAAGCGACCUAUCCUAAUUGGGGCGAUGUGAAAGCUCAGGUUCAGCGACUGGAAGCUUUACAGUCAUAUGACGACGACGCUUACCAAGGCGGCUCCUGCUUGAAACUCAAUAAUGUUGAUGGCUUUAACCCCGAUUUCAUCAGAAUUUUUGUGUGCGACUUCGACCUUUCUCUGCCAGUCGUCAUCCGUUACGCUUACAAACUGGCUCCGGAUAACCUGAUCUCCCCGAUAUCAAGUUCUUCUUCUUCCGAUCCUAUUGACCAGUCUUUUGGCAUGGUGCUGAAACUACGUUGCCCACUGGAUGCUUCCAAAAAUGGAGUCGAAGUAUUCCUCUCGUCCGAAGGACGAGUAGACAUAGACACCCCAAACAACAAGAGCGAUGGUGACAUAAGUGCGGAACCCGUUGUUGAUCGGGCAGUGAAUUCGUGGAUUUUCAAGGCGUUUCGCGUUAAAAGCAAAAACUGUGGUUAUCAGAUAGGGGAAAUUGCUGCUUCUUUGGGAUCGAAUUCUUCGGUCUUACUGGGCUUCUUCGCUGUUGAGUUCGGUCGAGCGUGAUCAACCGUUCUUGGGAUAAGUUAUUACCUAAUCUUUCUUCGGUUUUCUUGAAAAUAGCGAUUUUGCUGUGCUGUUGAUGGUGCACUUUUUAAUUUUGUCGAAUAUUUUUCAAAAUUUGCGUGGCCGCAUUGUGAGCAUAUAUUUUCCACCAUUGUCACUCCGAAGGUGAAGAACUUUCGAGACCAGAAAUGCAUCUCUCGGUGUUACAAUGGUAUUAU